AUGGACCUCUUCGGGAGCCCGUUGACCUUCCUCGUCAGCCUCGCCUUCCUCCUCAUCCUGGUAGUAUGGAAGAAGGGGACCAAGAAGAAGAACCUUCCGCCUGGCCCGACGCCCCUGCCGAUCAUCGGGAACCUCCUCCAGCUGAAGGCCAGCAACGUUGCCGCUUCGCUGAAGAAGAUGAGUGAAAAAUACGGGCCGGUGUUCAUGGUGUACUUCGGCUUAGACCAGGCAGUUGUCCUCCAUGGCUACGACCUCGUGAAGGAAGUCCUGAUUGAUCGCGGAGAGGAGUUCACCCACCGAGGCAGCGUCCCAUCAGCUGAUAAGACCAACAGAGGAUUCGGGCUGCUCAUGUCCAACGGCAAGCGCUGGGUGGAGCUCCGCCGCUUCUCCAUCUCGACCCUGAGGAACUUCGGGAUGGGGAAAAAGAGCAUAGAGGAGUAUAUCCAAGAGGAGGCGGAGCACGUGAUGAAGGGACUCCAGGCCCAAAAAGGCCAGCCCUUCAACCCCGGCCUCCUCUUCAGCUGCGCCACCGCCAAUGUAAUCAGCCACAUCCUCCUCGGAGAAAGGCUCGAUUAUCAGGAUCCAAAGUUUCUCCAGAUGCUUCAGUACCUCAAAGAUGCCUUCCGGCUAGAGAGCUCCAUCUCCGGACAGGUAAGGACUCCAAAGAGAAUGGACUUUUUGCCGGGCGGCCACCAGACCUUUUUCAAAAACCUGGAGAGCAUCCAAGACUUCGUACGCCAGAAGAUUCAAGAGCACGAGAGCAGCCUGGAUAUCAAUGCCCCCCGGGACUUCAUAGACACCUUCCUCGUCAAAAUGGAGCAGGAGAAGAAAAACCCCAAGACGGAGUUCACGCGAGAGAACCUGAUGAUGACCGUCUACGACAUAUUCAUUGCUGGGACGGAAACCACCAGCAUCACCCUGAGAUUCAUUCACAUGAUCCUCAUUGAACACCCAGCAGUGCAAGCAAAGAUCCACGAGGAGAUAGACCGAGUGAUCGGCCGCGAACGAGCUCCCUCCAUGAGGGACCGGCUUGAGAUGCCUUACACGGAAGCCACCAUCCACGAGGCCCAGAGAGUCCUUGACCUCAUCCCCUUGGGAUUCAGCCGCUUGGUCAAACAGGACUUUGAAAUCCGUGGCUACACCAUCCCCAAGGGCGCCACGCUCUUCACCAUCCUGAGUUCUGCCUUACAUGACCCCAAACAGUACAAGAACCCAUAUCAGUUUGACCCGGAGCACUUCCUGGACGAAAAGGGAGCCUUCAAGAAGAACGGCGCCGACAUGCCCUUCUCGGCAGGAAAGAGGAACUGUCUCGGGGAAGGACUGGCCCGCAUGCAGCUCUUCCUCUAUGUCACCACCAUCCUGCAGAGCUUCUGUCUCCAGUGCCCACCAGGAGUCACCAAACUUGACCUGACGCCAGAAGUCAGCGGCUUGGGAAACAUCCCCCGCCAGCUCCCCUUUUGCUUCACCCCACGCUGA